UGUUGUGCGGGCAAUGCAUUGUGCUCAUAUGUUUGGUUCUGCUUGAUUCUACGUAUACGUUCAACAUACCUAGCAGCAAUUAAUCAAACCAGAAAUCUGGAGCGUUCAGCUUGAUUAACGGGCUUUGGCGCGCGUGUGGCGGAAUUCGGAAGGCACUUGAGGAAUUUGCAAAGAAAUGGCGACUACUAUAUUUGACAGUGAGCGAGAUUUUUAGGCGUAUUAAUAAGCGGAAGUUGUAGUGGUGAGGCUAUAAGACGCGUUAUUUUCCUGAACACUUUUUAUGUGAUUCAAACUUCGAAGACGUGUUUGAUAUUUUCAUUUUGUCAGAGGAAAGCUUCCCUGAAACAAUGUACACUGGUUAAUGUGGACAGGGCUGCAAAAAGUUUUUCACGACAAUCAAACCAGUGGUAUUUGUAGGAGACACCGGCAGAUAUUAUAAAUAUUAUCAAAGAACAACGCAUUGACAUUAUAGUCGGGAAGAAGAGUGCAAGUGAUCGAAGGGCGUUUUUUUUCAAGGCACGUUGAAAACAGGAGAGAUGAAGUUACGGACUAUUCAAAACGCUCUAUCAGAAACGCUAGUGAUGGUCCUCAUGUUCCCGUACUUGGUGGACACACUGUGCAUGAAGCAAGCAGAAAUGACUGACAUUACCAAGGAAGGGUACACCACAGUAUCCGUAGAGACAAACGCAUGUAUGGAGAUUAUAUCAAGUGCCAUUAAACCCAGCCUGUCUGAGCGGGGGCUUGGAUUCGUGGACUUCAAAAGGCAUUAUUCAGAUGAGUGCUGCUGCGCUGUCCAAAACUGGGUAGACAAACAGAUACUACUGGUCAGUUUUGACAGGGAUAAGCCACCGGAAGUGGUGAAGUACAGAAGAAUUGAAUCAUGCCAAUGUGUUCCGUGUAGCGAGGACAGAAGGAGAAGGCGGCGAAGGUGACAUGUGACACUUUAACACAAUGAAGCAUACUGUCAAUGACAAUGACACUACAUACUGGUGACAUGAUGGCGAAAGUUCAGAUAAAGCGGAUUAAUUUAAGAACAAUGCUUCUAAACAAGCGUGGAAAAGCGUGGAAAAAUGCAAAGAUCCUAAGAUUAUUUCGAAAUAUUCAAAUGACAAACCCGGCGAUCCGAUUCCAUACUUUUCUACUGAUCUUAGUCAUAGCGCCUUGCUAAAUACACAGUUCAUAUAUGGUUCUAAACCAAGACUACCACCCUGCAGGAAAUAAAACUAUUCAAAACCGCAUAUUUGGUCGUCUUUUUGGCAGGAAAGCUAUCCUGUCUGUCAUCUGUCUUUCUGACCGAGUGCCUGUGAUGACGACAUAAAGUAUUCAAAGGCAUUACGAUGAAUGAGUACUUAGGAAAGAAAUGCUCGACGAAAGAAACAGGAGUAUAUAUAAAGGCUUAAAGAAGUACCAAAAACGGCGUGGUGUGUGCUUGAAACAUUAGGUGCCUCCACAAACACACACACAUAUUGUAAGGGUAUAAUAAGAAUGCAAGCUCUGGCCUUGGAACAUUAAGGACAACGCAGAGCCAGCAAAAUGCUGAGACGGCAUAAAUGGGUUAGGCCAAUGGAAUAUUGAGAAACAAGGGCAAGUAAAUCGUUUGAGCCUAUGAAAUAAUUAGAGACCAGGACGAGGUCUUAUGAAAUAGAAAGUAUGAUGAAGUAAAUAGUUUAAGCUAAUGGAAUAGUUAAAAACUAGAUCGAAGUGAAGAGUUUCAGCUAAAAAGAAAGAUAAACGGAGUAAAUGAUUUGAACUACUGGUGUAUUUUUACACAUGCGGCUAAUAAAUUGAAGAAGAGGGAUGGUUAGAAACCAGGAGGAAGUAAAUGUUUUGAACCAAUGAAAUAGCUGUAAACAACUUGGAGGAAGUAUGAUAAUUGGAGGCAAAUUGCUAGGUACUCGGGUAAAGGGCACUAAUUUGGCGUGUGGCAAAUAGGGCUUUAUUACGGGUAUGUGGGCGGCUAUGCUACAGCUUUAUUUAUUUUCUGUUACAGCUUAUGUGUAAAAUUGCAUUGAUGUACAUUGAUGUUUCAUUUUCGAAUUUCGCCAGAUUCAUAUUAUCUUACAUAGAUAUCCAAUUCUCCGCCAUUAAUGUUCAUGUAAUCCUUUGGGCAUUGAAUAGACCGAAUGCCAAGGAAUGUUCAAUUAUUGUAAAUUGUUUUAUCGUGUACAAAUAUGAGCAAGUUUGCAGUAAAGAAUAUCUCAUUAAUUGAUGUU